CGCUGAUUGAGAACCACUGGUUCUCACAACCUCAAGUCAUGCUCGCUCAGGCAAAUUUCUCCUAUAUCUUUCUCGUCUUCCUGCUCGGCUUCUGCUCCAUCGCCGCCACCGAAGAAGUCGAGCUACCCCAGGGCGACAAAAUCUCCAUCGACAUACUCCAGAAGCUGCAAGCCGCACACGAAGUUGCGGUGAACCAGAAAGUCCAAGAAGACCUUUUCAUCAGCCUUCCUUUGGUAGCACCCAAUCAAUCGGACUCGGUCACUGUCGCCAACUCUACAAAGACUAUUUCGUCUCCAAGAAAACUCCGGCAUCGGAAAAUUGAUUCAAAUGCUACGCUUGGAGUGGACAACGUCAAACGGCAGCUUGAAUGUGAUGCAGAGUUGUGGUACGAAGGACAAGAUCCAUGUGAAGGGCUAGAGGAGGAAGCUGGCUUCGUGCCCUGUGACCCUCCUUGCCAAUUUGAUCUAAAUUAUUUCAUGCAGCAAGUAGUCAACCCACCGCGAAUUGACGAGUGCCUGUUUUAUACGGCUGGCUUGUCGACAACGGCGCAAGAUUACAGAAGACGGCAUAACGCGGGAAAUCCGCAGACCCUGGUCACUACCAUUUGGGAUAUUUGGCCUGGUUGGAUGUACGUCGGAGACCAGGUUAUCACAAACCGCAUGCGCUGCAUCAUCCAGGACAACGUGUUCGAGGGGCGGAUAAAUCAGGUUCGGACCGGCUACUUUCAAAGAAUGUCCGAUAGCAUGGCAUACAUGUGCGGCGGCACCGCAGCUGUCAUGGACAGAAACAUGCGACGCGGUAGGACUGGAAGAGUGAAACAAGCAGGGAUAUGGUUCAGGGUAGAGUUUCCACGACUGAAAAUGGCCGGGGCUGAUAAGUGGACGGACCCGGCGGGCGUGAACAGAGUCGUGAACAGAGUCGAUGCGAUUGGGGAAAAUCUCCCGAAUGAGCCUGACACGCAAAUUUUUUGGAGAAGUUGGUGGGUGAGGGGUGGUCCGGACUGGCCGAGCCAGGCUUCGCAGCCGCUCAAGAGGAGAGAUGUGAAUGAGACUUAUGACGCCACCUUGGUGGAAGAGCGCAGUCUACAUAAGAGAGAGAUCGAUUCGUCAGUGUUUGAUGAAGGAGGUAGAUGGGAGGUAGUCUGGUAGCAGGGACUACCUGCUACAGCGAGUUAGAUGU